CAUGUCUGGCAUCCAUUCAAAACGCUUUCCUCAGAAACAUCAAGCACAUUUUUCAAUGCUCUGUUUUCCUGCUCAAUGAUCCAUAGAUUGAGAGGUCCAGCACCAAGGGAGGGAAAAUAAAAGCUACUACAUUAUUCUUCUAAUCUAGUCCUUCAUCAUUCUUCCCUUGUUCAAGAAGAGGUCAUGCAGAUCUCCUCCUCCUUGAUGCUUACUUUUCUCCUCCUUUCCCUCUCUCUAUUCCCCCAUCCUUCUCACUCUACAACAGUGCUGGUAGAUGGUGUUUCAGAGUGGAAAAACCCCAUUGUUCAUGUGGGAGAUUCCAUAAUUUUCAACCACAAGUAUCACUACAAACUCUUCAUUUUUCGGAACAAAAAUGCCUUCAAUCUCUGCAACUUCACUCAAGCUACACUCCUCACUAAACCCAACACCACUUCCUACACGUGGCAUCUAUCUCGCCCUGGUUUCUACUACUUCACAUUCAACAAUGGCUCUCUGAAAUCAUGUCAAGCCUCCCAAAGGCUCUCCAUUAAGGUCUCCCCUCCAACUCCCUCGCCGGCACAGGCACCAGCACCCAGUGGGCUGGCAAUAGCAUCAUCUUCUCCGGCACCAGCUUCUGGUGGAGUGGGGUCAUCUUCCCCAGGAUAUCUAUGGCCAUUCCAACCUCAUGAAGCGGCCUCACCGGGUCCUGCACCCACUAGUAGUGCCAGCUCCCCCGUGACAAUGCCGACAGUAGUUCCGGACAAAGGUGGGGGCAUUCCUUUUAUCAACAGCAACCCUGCAGUCCCACUGCCUACUGGUGAAGUAGACUCUGCUACUAUUCGCCCUUUGCCCACCUCUGAUCAUGGACGACAGGUGGUGGGGUUACUUGCAGGUCCAAUGUCUCUCUUUACUGUGGUUCUCCUGAUGCUGUGAAAAUUAUGAAACAGACAGAAGGGAUGGCAAUUUGCUGUAAAAAAUGUGAGAGUAGAAGUGUAGAAUAGUUGAGCAUUCAGAGGUAAAGUUGAGUAAUUAGAGGGGGAAUUAAAGUAGCUUUUAUAAGGUAAUGAUUAAUUAUAGUCCCACAUAUUUCCAUGUAAUAUGCCCUACUUUAGAAUCAUUGCCACUUUUGGUCUUCUGUUUUUUUGCCAUGCAUUUGAGUACAUUGCUGCUUUUUCUUUUAUCCUUUUCUUUUAUCCUUCCUUUUCCCCUUCUUUAUUUCAAAUUUGAAUAAUUUGACAUGUUCGCC